AUGUCGACGAGCCCAAACUUCCCCACCGCGGGGACAUUCGUGACGACGCUCAAUGGCAAGAGGUGUACGGCUGUGCCGAGAUCCGUCAGCACCCAGGCCAGCCCUCCGCCGGCGAGCACCACAAGUACGAGCACGUCUUCUUCAUCGUCCUCGUCGAGCUCGUCGUCCUCGUCAUCGUCAUCGUCGAGCUCGCUGUUGCCUGUAGUUGCACCAACUCCAGCCUCACAGCCGCAAGUGCUGGUGCCACCACCUCAGGUGGAGCCGACGACCGCCGCCCCGGUCGUCGUCGCGCCGCCGCCUGCCGUGGCCACAUCCUCAACGUCAAUACCGCAGUUUCCUCCUCCCGUCAGCUCUAGCUCUGUCUCUAGCUCUGUCUCAAUAGAAUCAAUACCCUCGGUAGCGGUCGCGCCACAACCACAGGCUAGUGUAGCUGACACCAGCGUCGCAGCGGUCCCGACCACUGCGUCCACCUCGAUAGCGGUCGUGCCCACCCCAUCGGUGGCAAAUCCCGCAGCAGCCUCACCACCUCAGAGCGAGCUCGCUUCAUCCGGGACUGCGUCCUCAGCAGUGCCCUUAACUACGAUAGGUGCUACUCCCGGGACGCCAGCAAACAACCCCCAGGCGCCAGACGCUGUCGAAAGCACGUCCGGCGUAGGUGUCGUUCCGGUUGGUGGGAAUGGCGGAGGUGCCAGCCGCAGUGGCUCUGGCUCGACUAUAGCUGUGGCCGGUGGCGUCGUUGGUGGCGUAGCGGUCAUCAGCCUGGUUGCUUUUCUCAUAUGGUUCUGGAGGAGGCGGAUGCUAAGGAAGCGGCGAAGUACACUACUCACACCACUGUCCGCUGAUCCAGGAUUCGGAAGGGACCGUCAAGGGGGAUACAUGAUCGAGCGGGAUAGCAUAGGGCCUACCCCCCGCUCCACCAAGGUCAAGGUCGCCCUGAGAGCACAGUAUAGCCGAGUUCGUGGCCGCAUCGCGCGUAGCGGCAGCAUACGCAGCAUUUCCAGUACAAACAGUGGGCGCAGUGUUGAUAUGAACAGGGGCAACUCGCAGUUCAUGGAUUCGUCACCCAUUGUCGAAGGGGGCAGGAAGAACUCGUCGGCAGUGGCACCAGAUGGAGGCAACACAUCCUUCAAAGACCAGAUAUGGGCUAUCUUGGCCAAGCUUAGAGGGCCCAAGAUGCGUGAUCCAGGAUGGAAUGAAAACAAGAACGACAUCUUCGCCGCCCGCGGACUUGGUGGCAGUAUGAAGGAAAAGGAGAAUCCGAGAACAAGGCCAAUAACCAAUAAGCCCGACUUCCUCACUUUACUCAACAUGGAUGACACCGAGCUGGAUCGCGAGGCCCAGAGACGCCGGAUGUCACGGACACGCGGUGGCAGCGAGUCUUCCGUGCUGGGAGGGCUGAACUUGAAUUUCUCCCAGGACCCAUUUAGCGACGCGAACGCCAUGACAAGCAACAGUGCCAAACCGGCCCCGCUCCUUGUCUCGGGCGCCAACAAUCCCUUUUCCGACGCGAAUGCGAUUCCAGGACCCGCCUAUCCUCCUCAACCAUCAACCUACGUGGCCGACAUCCGCCGUUCUAGAGGCCAGUCCGUCGGCACCACUAUCGACCUGAACCAGGUCAUGGAUCUGAGAGUGGUCAACGGGGUCUCACGUCCGCCCAGUGGCGCGACUACACGGCCAGGCGGAUACGAGUCGACAAUGUAUAUGCGCGAAAGCACCGCGAGCUUUGAAAGCUUCAACACUAGGCGCAACAAAUUCCGAUCCGACCCCUUCGACCUGGAGCCGCUAUCGCAGGGCUCGGGCUCGUUCGACCGGUCCGCCGUUGCAUCGAGCACAUUCUCUACGGUCGGCAGCAGCGGCGCCGGCCGGUACCCCAGCACCAGCGGGAGCAUCCCGAUCGCGCACCAGUCCGGUGUCAGAUCGGUGCCGGGAGGCGACGUCAUCCGGAAGCCAGUGCCUGCCGCGCACACUAGGGAUAACAGCCUGGGCAGCUCCAAGUACACGAGCGGCGUUAGCGAGGGCAGCAUGGACGACUGGAGCGACCCGGGCCCUGAUGUCGGGCCCCGGGCUGUGUACACUGGGAGCAGCCGCAGGACGAGCCAGGGCAGCGUGAAGAUGGGCUACGCUUUAUGA